GUGAGGACUUCCCUAGGGUGGGUGGCCCUGACCCCAGUCCAGGCAGGUUAUAAGGCUACAUCACCAGGCCAAGGGAACACAGAUGGAAAAGAGAGAGACCAUCAUGUCCUCUUGGAGCCCAGAGCGAAACCAGAGCCCAGGAGGCCUGAGCUCCCAUCUUUGUAGAACACUGUUCGUGCUACUGCUAUCUGUGGCCUCAGCCCAGGAUGUCACACCAAACCGUGACACCUGCUUGGUGUUCCAGUCGAGCAACGGCAGCUCCGUCUCCUGCCACCCACCUGCCAAACUCCCUCACCGCUUCCCAGCCGACACCGUCUACCUGGUGGUGGAGUUCUUCAACCUCACCCAGCUGCGGGCCGACACCCUCCAGGGCGCCUCUAACCUCCAGGAGCUGCACCUCUCCACCAACCAGCUGGAGAGCCUCUCGCCCAAGUUCCUGCUGCCGGUGCCUCUGCUGAAGGUGCUCGACCUAACCCGCAAUGCCCUGACCCAGCUGCCCCCAGGCCUCUUCCGGGUCUCGGCCGCUCUCCACACCCUGGUGCUGAAGGAGAACCGGCUGGAAAUUCUGGAGCCCUCGUGGCUGCAGGGGCUCAAAGCCCUGGGGCAUCUGGACCUAUCCGGGAACCACCUCCAGACACUGCCCCCUGGGCUGUUGGCCAACUUCACCUCCCUGCGCAUCCUUGACCUCAGCAAUAACCAGUUGAAGACUUUGCCCUCUGAUCUUCUGAGGGGCCCCCUGCAGUUGGAAAGGCUGCAUCUGGAGGGCAACAGAUUGCGGGUGCUUGGAGAGGGGCUCUUGGCACCCCAGCCAGACCUGCGCUACCUUUUCCUGAACGACAACAGGCUGGCCACCGUGGCAGCUGGUGCCUUCCGAGGGCUGCAGCAGCUGGACAUGCUCGAUCUUUCCAACAAUUUGCUCACCAGCGUGCCCAAGGGGCUCUGGACAUCCUUGGGGCAGCCCACCCGGGACAUGAAGGAUGGCUUUGACAUCUCUGGGAACCCCUGGAUCUGUGAUCAGAACCUGGAUGACCUCUAUGGGUGGCUCGUGGCCAACAAAGACAAGAUGUUCUCCCAGAAUGCCACACGCUGCGCUGGGCCCGAAGCCUCAAAGGGCCAGACGCUCCUGGAAGUAGCCGAGUCCCACUGAGGCCUGGGGCUAGGGUGGGGAGACAGGCCCGGCAGCACACAGCACGGUACUUAGCAAAUAAUUCACCUACGGCUUUCCAGAGCUGCCAGGAUCCGCUUGGCCCAGGCUUCCCAAAAUUCACGUUGGGCUCUCCAGCCUCCUUGUACCCUCUUCCAAGAAUGCCUUUCCCUGGGGGCACUUGGCUGGCUCAGUCAGUAGUGCACGCAACUCUUAAUCUCAGGGUCGUGAGUUCAAGCCCCACAUUAGGCACGGAGCCUACUUAAAAAAAAAGAGAAUGUCUUCCCCUGUUUUCCAGAUCUCUUGGUCUCCAAGCUCCCUCAGCCUGCUCGGCCUCCCGCUGGCCCAGCCCUGGCUACACUAGGGUUGUCUCUAUCUGGUUCUGCCUCCCCCACUUCGGGGGGCUCUCCGAAUGCAGGGCCUGGGGCUGGGUUCCCUCAUAGCCAGCAUCAUUCAGUUUGCGGUCGGACCCGAAGGGUUAAUAAAUAACUGUGGAAUGGAAUUGGAAUACUAGAAUAAUUCACUGUGUUCUGAGCAUCUCCCAGGUUGACUUCCUAGGCCUUCCCAGAGGAAGGAGAAGGAAAGAAGAGGCCUUGACCCAGGGCCUGGGGUGCAGGACAUGAGCUUCCAAACGGAUCGCAGUUGGGAUCUGACGGCCUGCAGCUCCUCCUCCCCCUCCCCCUAUCCAAGACUUCACUGGAAAUAAAACACUGACCGUUGCCCGGAGUGUCAUUUUACCGGUGGAUUCCUGCCAGAGCUUGUGUCCUGGGGAAGGUUUAAAUUAAACUGGAUUGCUUCAGGUCUCCAAAUAAUUUGUCAUGCUGGCCCGUGACAACCCAGGGGGAUAGACACCCAGGGCAGGCCUGGGCAGGCUGGGUGGAGCUGAAGGCUUAGGAGCCUGUGUUCUUCCAACUCAGAACCUUGGGCCACCUGCUGACACAGUGCUGGGCAUGCUGGGAGCCAGAGUCAGAUUUGGGGGGACCGCUGGGUGUUUGGGGGAAGGCCCCCUGGAAGAAUGGUCAUGCCCACGGUGGUGGUCAUUCCAGGCAUGACGGUGAAAGCCAGGGAGGGGCCUGGAGUCUGGCAGAGCGGGGUUUGAAUCGGAUCCCUCAAUUUGCUCAUCUGUAAAAUGGGAAUGAGCCGGCCUGAAUCCUGGCUGAGUUAAACUGCAGAUUUUUUUUU